CUUCCUUUUCUUUCUUCCGAGCAGCGGCACAAGCCCGCACCGCCCUCGCCCUCCUCGUGUCUAUCCUAUAAAUCUCAGCUCUCCCACCACUCUGGUGUAUUUAAACAAACCCCAUAAUAAACGAAGUCAUGAGCUGGUGGUGGGCCGGAGCCAUAGGCGCCGCCAAGAAGAAGAUCGAUGAAGACUCCGGCGGCGGCGGCGGUGGCGGCGCCCCCAAGUUCCAGAGCGUUGGUUUGGUGAUCGGCGUCACCGGCAUCGUCGGCAACAGCCUCGCCGAGAUCCUCCCCCUCUCCGACACCCCCGGCGGCCCCUGGAAGGUCUACGGCGUGUCCCGCCGUCCCCUCUCCGUCUCUUUCCGUCCUCUCACCGAGGGCCUCGCCGUCGAACACAUCCAGUGCGAUGUGUCCGACCCCGACGAUGCCUUGGCGAAGCUUUCUCCACUCACCGACGUCACCCACGUCUUCUACGUCGCGUGGGCGAACCGCAUCGUCGAGGCCGAGAACCGGGAGGUCAAUUCGGCCUUGCUCCGCAACGUUCUCGCCGCCGUCCUCCCCAAUGCCCCCAAUCUCCAGCACGUUUGCCUCCAGACCGGCCGCAAGCACUACCUCGGCUCGUUCGAGUCCUUAGGCAAGGUGAAAGCCCAUGAGCCCCCUUUCCGCGAGGAUCUCCCGCGGCUUGACUGCCCCAACUUUUAUUACGACCUCGAGGACAUCCUCUUCGAGGAGAUGGCGAAGAGGGAUGGGACCGUGACGUGGUCGAUCCACCGUCCGACGACCAUCUUCGGCUUCUCCACGUAUAGCCUCAUGAAUUUGGUGGGAAGUCUUUGUGCUUAUGCCGCAAUUUGCCGGCGGGAAGGAGCCCCAUUGAAAUGGCCGGGGAGCCGGGUAGUUUGGGAGGAUUUCAGCGAUGCCUCCGAUGCUGACAUGAUCGCCGAGCACCAGAUCUGGGCGGCGAUCGAUCCGUAUGCCAAGAAUGAGGCCUUCAAUUGUAGCAACGGGGAUUUGUUCAAGUGGAAGCAUUUGUGGCCGUUGCUGGCGAGGGAGUUCGGGGUGGAGUGGGUCGGGUACGAGGGAGAGGAGCAGCGGUUCAAGCUGGUGGAUGCGAUGAAGGAGAAGGAAGGGCUGUGGGAGGAGAUCGUGGCGGAGCAUGAGCUUGCGCCCACCAGACUGGAGGAGGUGGGGAACUGGUGGUUUGUUGAUGCUGUGUUCGGCGUGGAGGAGGUGCAUCUGGACAGCAUGAACAAGAGCAAGGAGCAUGGAUUCUUGGGAUUCCGAAACACGGUUGUUUCAACCAUCAUGUCUCAUUGCAUUUUGCAUCUAGAGCCCUGGGAUCCCAACAUUCUGACUUUACAAGUAGAUCAUAGAUCAGAGUGCAUAUAUGAGAGAGAGGGAUUAACUUUCUAUUGAAGUAGCUCUGAUUAAUUUGAUAUUAAUGGUGUUACCUUUUCCACUGUUUGGUGUUGUUUCAAGAGAUGCAGCAGAUCAGACAUCGAUCGUCAAAUCAAUCUUUAAAUUAUCAGAUGAUGUUUCUGAUGAGAUGGUUCGACAGUACACUCGGGGCCAGAUUUGGCGUAUGCUUGAAGGAUCCCUAUUACCUGAUACAUCAUCGGCUCUACUGAAGCUCAAGUAUUUACCUUUACUGGAGGAUCUUCAUCAGUUGGCCUGCAUGAGUUGGGGUAGUGCGGUCUUGGCAUUUUUAUAUCGGACUUUGUAUAGAGCCACUGGCCUACACAAUCAGACAUCAGUUCUUACUUAGUUUUACUACAAGUACACAUUUUCUUCAAGUUUAUAUAUAUUUAUUUAUAUAAUUUUGUUACAUGAUUUAUCUAUGGAUAUUUUUAGAUAUGGCAUGGGAGAGGUUUCCUAUUUUUC